UACUAACCACUGUCUGUGACACAAAGUCGAAAGUGACAAAAGUAAAGAGACGGCGAAAAGAGAAGAGAGAAAACAUUGUCAUCUUGAUAAAAGAUUAUGGGUGUCAUGAAGAUUAUUUUCAUUUUUCUUUGGCUCUUAAAAGGUGAUGAGUGUAUGACAGUAACUGUUCAGAUUGGUGGUAAUGUUACUAUUCCAUGUCAUUAUGAAAGUAAAUACACCCAACACAAGAAAUACUGGUGCUAUCAUUCAUCAGGAUGGUACAGUUCAUGUUCUCCACUGGCAUAUGCAAAUGAGACCAAUGGAGAUGUGUCAGUAAUUGAUCAUCCUGAUCAGAGUUUAUUUACUGUCACUAUGAGAGACCUGCAGCAUAAAAACACUGGAACUUACUGGUGUGCUGUGGAAAUUGAAAAUUACUGGGAUGUGACAGAGGAGUUUUAUCUUAAAAUCAAAUCAGCUCCUGAUCUCUCUGUGAUGUCCAGCAGUGUAACUGUAGAUGAAGGUGGUAAUAUCAGUAUACAGUGUCUCUACAGCAUUAAAUAUAAGGAUAACACCAAACAGUGGUGCAGAUAUAAAGACAAGAGAUGUUACACAUCCCAGAAUGCAUCAGUUGAGAUCAGUGAUGAUGGGAGAGAAUCUUUGACUGUGGUGAUGUCUGGACUGAUGAAGAGUGAUUCUGGCUGGUAUUACUGUUCUGUAGGAGAUCUACAGGCCCCUUUUCAACUCACAGUCAAUGCAGUGACUACAUACAACAACUCAGCGACAAGAGACAUGAAAGACAUACAUGUCAUAAUGUAUAAUGAUCUGAAGAUGUGGCCUCUACUCAUUGUUCUGCUUCUGCUGCUGAUUCUGGUUACUGUGACAUCUGUAAUACUGAGAAACAAACACAGGAGAAAGAACAAUCACAUCUCAAAAGAGAAAACAGACAAAGUCAGUGAUAAAGAUGACUCUGCUAAUUCAUCCUCAGUGAAUCCUGAAUGUGAUGUGACAUACAGUUCUGUGAUUAAUCUUCCCAAGACUGAAGCACCCAUGCUCACGACAAGGUUGGAGACCCCUGCUCUAUAUGAUUUAUUAUAUUUUCAGUGUGGACCAGCAGACGUAGAGGAUAAUGUGAUCUACAGCUCUGUACACGUAUAGGUGUUUGGUAUGAAUUAAAUACCUGAAGAAAAAUUAACACAGAUACAAGAGCAUGGAAAACAGAACCACAGAUAAAGUUGUUUUAAAAAGAUGACAUUAUGAAAUGCCUCUAGAUUUACUGUACAAUACAGUCUAAAUUUUGUUUAUUUGUUUUGCAUGUGCAAAAAAGUGUGUGGCUUAAUGUUUCAUAAUUAAAUAUACUGUGAUUAUAUUUAAUUAAUAUGCAUUUAAUGUGUUUAAUAAAUAUUAUUUAGAAACAAGCAUGUUGUUGUUUGUAAAUAAUGAUAGGUUGUGAUGUGUUUUGUCAUGCCUGGUGUACACAGGUUAGAUCCAAAUGCAGGUUGGUCAACAACCAGGUAAACAAUCACAGCAAAGACAAUCCAAAUCAGUAUCCAAAUGCAGGCAUAGGUCAGG